ACAAAAUAUUUUUGGAGUUGUGUGUAAGAGGAAGGGACCUAGAGUAGUUCUGGGAGAAAUAACGGCACUGACUGAGACGACAGGAGGCAAGUAUUUCGGCUUACUGUAAUAACUCUCUAAACAAAGCGCGCUGUGCAACACUGGAAGGGCCUGCUUGCCCAGUCACUGCCCUUCAGAUAGACCUGUCGCCAAGAUGAGACAGGAGGAAAUCUGGACCUGGAAGCUGUCUGGGGACCAGGCCAGGGAUCAGGGAAGUGGUCUUACAGACUCAUCGGUGACCUCCUUGCUCCUGCCAGAGCCCUUCGGUUCCACGUGCUCGCUACCACGCACCCGCCAACCCUCGCGAAGGCCUCACUUUCCACGCGGGUGGAAAGCGAAGAAAGCCGUGGCGCCGAGACUAAGCAAGUGGGCCAGUGGAGGCGGAGAAAACCCUGCUGGGCCGGAAGUACCCAGAACCGCUUCCGGGUCAGGGGGAAGGAGCCACCAUGGAACCUCGCCGGGGUGCAGGGCUGACGGAGAAGCAAGGCGUCUGAAGCAAGAGAAGCACAGCACUGCAAGAGCCACCAGGGACACGCAGGCCGGUCCUGCGGCCGCCGCCAUGUCGGUGCUGGGCGAGUACGAACGACACUGCGAUUCCAUCAUCUCGGACUUCGGGAGCGAGUCCGGGAGUGGCGGGGACUCGGGCGCGGGGCCCAGCGCCAGUCCGGGGCCGCGAGCCGGCGGCGGCGCGCCGGAGCAGGAGGAGCUGCACUACAUCCCCAUCCGCGUCCUGGGCCGCGGCGCCUUCGGGGAGGCCACGCUGUACCGCCGCACGGAGGAUGACUCAUUGGUUGUGUGGAAGGAAGUUGAUUUAAUCCGACUGUCUGAGAAGGAACGUCGUGACGCCUUGAAUGAGAUUGUUAUUCUGGCGCUGCUGCAGCAUGACAAUAUUAUUGCCUACUACAAUCACUUCAUGGACAAUACCACCCUGCUCAUUGAGCUGGAAUAUUGUAAUGGAGGGAACCUGUAUGACAAAAUCCUUCGUCAGAAGGACAAGUUGUUUGAGGAAGAGAUGGUGGUGUGGUACCUAUUUCAGAUUGUUUCAGCAGUGAGCUGUAUCCAUAAAGCUGGAAUCCUUCAUAGAGAUAUAAAGACAUUAAAUAUUUUUCUGACCAAGGCAAACCUGAUAAAACUUGGAGAUUAUGGACUAGCAAAGAAACUUAAUUCUGAGUAUUCCAUGGCUGAGACACUCGUGGGAACUCCAUAUUACAUGUCACCAGAGCUCUGCCAAGGAGUAAAAUAUAAUUUCAAGUCUGAUAUCUGGGCAGUAGGCUGUGUCAUUUUUGAACUGCUUACACUAAAGAGAACAUUUGAUGCUACAAAUCCACUCAACCUGUGUGUGAAGAUUGUACAAGGAAUCCGGGCCAUGGAAGUUGAUUCUAGCCAGUACUCUUUGGAGCUGAUCCAAAUGGUCCAUGCGUGCCUCGACCAGGAUCCUGAGCAGAGACCCACUGCAGAUGAAUUGCUAGAUCACCCCCUUCUCAGGAAACGCAGGAGAGAGAUGGAGGAAAAAGUCACACUGCUUAAUGCACCUACAAAGAGACCAAGGUCAAGCACAGUGACUGAAGCACCCAUUGCCGUGGUAACAUCGCGAACCAGUGAAGUCUAUGUUUGGGGUGGUGGGAAAUCCACUCCCCAGAAACUGGAUGUCAUCAAGAGUGGCUGUAGUGCCCGGCAGGUGUGUGCUGGGAAUACCCACUUUGCUGUGGUCACAGUGGAGAAGGAACUGUACACCUGGGUGAACAUGCAAGGGGGCACUAAACUCCAUGGUCAGCUGGGCCAUGGAGACAAAGCCUCCUACCGACAGCCAAAGCAUGUGGAGAAGCUGCAAGGCAAAGCUAUCCAUCAGGUGUCAUGUGGUGAUGAUUUCACUGUCUGUGUAACAGAUGAGGGUCAGCUUUAUGCCUUUGGAUCUGAUUAUUAUGGCUGCAUGGGGGUGGACAAGGUUGCUGGCCCUGAAGUACUAGAACCCAUGCAGCUGAACUUCUUCCUGACCAGUCCUGUGGAGCAGGUCUCCUGUGGAGAUAACCAUGUGGUGGUUUUGACACGAAACAAAGAAGUCUAUUCUUGGGGCUGUGGCGAAUAUGGAAGACUGGGUUUGGAUUCAGAAGAGGAUUAUUAUACACCACAAAAGGUGGAUGUUCCCAAGGCCUUGAUUAUUGUCGCAGUUCAGUGUGGUUGUGAUGGGACAUUUCUGCUGACCCAGUCAGGCAAAGUGCUGGCCUGCGGACUCAAUGAGUUCAACAAACUGGGUCUGAAUCAGUGCAUGUCUGGCAUCAUCAACCAUGAAGCAUACCACGAAGUUACCUACGCAACCUCCUUUACCUUGGCCAAACAGUUGUCCUUUUAUAAGAUCCGUACAAUUGCCCCAGGCAAGACUCACACAGCUGCUAUUGAUGAGCGAGGCCGGCUGCUGACCUUUGGCUGCAAUAAGUGUGGACAGCUAGGCAUUGGGAAUUAUAAAAAGCGUCAAGGAAUCAACCUGUUGGGGGGACCCCUCGGGGGAAAGCAAGUGAUCAGGGUCUCCUGCGGUGAUGAGUUUACCAUUGCUGCCACUGAUGAUAAUCACAUAUUUGCCUGGGGCAAUGGUGGUAAUGGUCGCCUGGCAAUGACGCCCACAGAGAGACCUCAUGGCUCUGAUAUCUGUACCUCAUGGCCUCGGCCUAUUUUUGGAUCUCUGCAUUACGUUCCAGACCUAUCUUGCCGUGGCUGGCACACCAUUCUCAUUGUUGAGAAAGUAUUGAAUUCUAAGACCAUCCGUUCCAACAGCAGUGGCUUAUCCAUUGGAACUGUGGUCCAGAGCUCCAGCCCGGGUGGCGGUGGUGGCGGGGCAGAGGAGGAGGACAGUCGUCAGGGAUCUGAAACUCCCGACCCAAGUGGAGGCUUCAGAGGAACGAUGGAGGCCGACCGCGGAAUGGAAGGUUUGGUCAGCCCCACGGAGGCACUGGGCGUCAGCAGUGGGGCCAGCAGCUCCUGUCCUGGCUGGCUUCGAAAGGAGCUGGAAAAUGCAGAAUUCAUCCCCAUGCCUGAUAGCCCAUCUCCCUUAAGUGCAGUUUUUUCAGAAUCUGAGAAAGAUACCCUGCCCUACGAAGAGCUACAAGGACUCAAAGUGGCCUCCGAAGCGCCUUCAGAACACAAGCCCCCAGUAAGAGCCUGGCCACCUCGGCUGAAUCCUGCAGGAACAUGUGCUGGGAAGGGAACCCCACUGACUCCUACCUGUGCAUGCAGCACUCUGCAGGUGGAGGUUGAGAGAUUGCAGGGUCUGGUGUUAAAGUGUCUGGCUGAACAACAGAAGCUACAGCAAGAAAACCUUCAGAUUUUUACCCAACUACAGAAGCUGAACAAGAAAUUAGAAGGAGAGCAGCAGGUGGGGAUGCAUUCCAAAGGAACUCAAACAGCAAAGGAAGAGAUGGAAUUGGAUCCAAAGCCUGACUUAGAUUCAGAGUCCUGGUGCCUCCUAGGAACAGAUUCCUGUCGACCCAGCCUCUAGUCUCCUGAGCCUGUAUAGCCCCCAGGAAACUGGGAUCCAAAGAACUUCACAGCACACUUACUGAAUGCAGAGAGCGCUUUCCUGGCUUUGUUCACUUGCAGACAAGGAGCGCGAGGUGGAGGCUCUGAAGCACUUUCCGUGUACACUUGGAGAGUGGCACUGCCUGUUAGGAUCUAGGAGUGGUUUUGUUUUGGAGAAUGGAAGGGCCCCACGGCCCUGGCUUUGUCCUCAGUGACUGCCAUAGCAGCAGCAGCAGCUCUGUACCUCAUCUGGUGGCCCCACCUUUGAAGAGGAGACACAAUGCUCACCUUAAUUGUGCUGGUAGCAGCUUAUAUCCCAUUUAUCAUUUUCACCAUUAAUUGGAAGCUGCCUUGGGAGUUCAAAACCAGCCAUUGCACCUCUGGGUGGAGGAGGGAAAAGUGUAAAGCUGGAGUGGGCUGCACCCAGAUGUGGCCUGUCCAGGGUCACCUGGAGAGUGGUGAAGUGUACUGAGCCCUCUCCGGAGCCCUGAGUCCAGGAAAAUACAUCUGGUGGAGUCAGUCGAGGGCUUAUUUUCAGAAAGUUGUUACUUCGUGCAGCUAAAUGCAUUAGGAAGAAAGGUGGGCUUAGAUUGCUUUUCCUCUGAGGAUUAAUUUGUUCAGUGAGGAGUAGAGAAGGAAGGGCAGGUCCUUCCUCAUCACACAGCUGGAGUUUCAGGCUGUGGCGAGGCAGGGUGGGCUCUCCUAGCUUUGGAAGAUCCCGACUGCCAAGAGAUGAGGUGUCUCGUAGAGGUUCGUCUCAGUGGGGCAGUGGGAAUGGCCUGAAGAGAAAACCGUGAGGGAGAAGAAGUCCUCCUGUAGCUGCCUGUCCGUGGUGUCGGUGAGGGGCCUAGAGUGACCGAGUCUUCUGCCCGUGAGAAGGCUUCUUGUGCCUCUGCCGUCAUGGCGCUUAGGGUUCUAAUCCUGGCAUCAGCAGCCCCACCACUCCCUUUGUGUAUGUCUAGGUAGUAUUUUUUCCCUUUUUGGUGUUUUAUGGAGCCGUAUCAGUGAAUCUGGAUCAUCUUUCCUACUUGAGUGGCCCUAAGCCAGCGCCAAAACCUGGGAGUCCCCAAAGCCUAACAGAACAGGUAGAACCUGCCAAGUGAAAAGAAUUUGGCCGAGAGCUCCUUCUGAUCCUGUAGUCAUCGUGUCCUGGUAGACAGGGGUGAGCUCGCUUUCCCAAAGAAAGUGGCCUAGAAGCGUCUGAUGAUUUUGCCAGAGGAUGCGAGCUUUGUGUUUCCACCUAGACUCACGAGAGGUUCCUGUAGUAUUCUGGGUCACAGGAGCUGCCUUGAUGAGCCUCACAUCCCACCUCCCUAGAAACAGCUACAUUAAUUUUUGUUUGAUUUUCCCUAAAUCAAAACAACAAAAAAAAAACAACAAAAAAAGAAUGAUGUCUGUUGAAUAUUCUGGAAGGACCUGUGCAAUGGAAAUUUUGCUGUUUCCCUGAAACUGGUGAUGUAAAGGCUGGUGCUCUGGGAAAACCCCGUGUCUGGGACAGGCAGCUCUGUUCUAUGGGAUCUUCUUCGGUUUGAUGUUCCCAUUGUUUUCUCAGUUCUGGGAAGGACAAUAGUGCUAAUGUCAUCACUGAAGCCUUUUUCUUAAAAUACGGGAAGGGGCCAACCCUGGACUAAGCUCCAAGUUCUAGGGACUUGGGAGUUUGCUAUAAACCCCAGCAAUGGGUUUUGGUUCAUGGUGUAAAUGCAACUUUGAUUUUUUUUUUUUUUUUAAGGACUGACUGGCCUUUCAUGCUCCUGUGUCCUCAUGCUCACCAUCUCAGCAGGCCUGAGAGGCAGGGUCAGUUUGGGUGUUAAUCAUGAGUGUUGCUUCUGCCACGGAACUGAGGAACAUGGGCCGUUAGGGAGACUGGGGGAUGGAAGUAAGCAUUGAGGGGGGUGAGAGCCCUGCUCUAGUCGGAGGGGAGUUGUCCUCUAGCAGAGGCUUGCUGUGCUCGUUUUCUCUAGCGUGUUCCCUCGGGAAGCCUAGCUUUGCUAUUAAUCUAGCUAAGAAUCUGAGUUCUGUGCCUUAGACAUAACGUGCACUUUCCUAAAUUGUGCCUGGGACAGCCGGAUGCGUUGUUCCCCACCAAACAGCUAUGCAAACAGAAACCAGUUCAAAGAUGGCAGCCGUGCAUUAGAUAAAAAGUGAAAGGUGAGGCAGCAGAAAUGCCUUUGAAUGAUUUUCUGUAGCUAAUUCUCUAAAUUUUGUCUUUUUUUCCCUUCUAUGUAGUGCUAGGUAUAUUUCCAGUAAUAUUGCUUUUGAGUUAUAGUAUAACCUGAGUUACUCCUCUGCUCUGACAUUGUUGCUGAAGAACUAGCUUAUUGUUAGUCAGAUGUUUGAAAGGUUGAGGGUGGAGUGGUUUGGCAUUUCUGUUUUAAAUAAACAUUUAAAUUCUCAA